GAUUUCAGAUGCGGGGACCAAGUGGAUGCAGAAUUUGAUUAAGUGUCUUUCAAGUGCCUUGGAAUUAGUGUAGCCAUGUUUGAGAGUGAUUUAUUAACACGUUUUGGUUGGCAGAUUUGCCACUUGUAGGCGUUUGAACCUGGACACGUUCCAGGAUCUUGCUCAGAAGCAGCUCGGUUGCACCCCCUGCAGGAUUUUAAUAGAGCUCUUUAUUAAUGUGUCGAGCCCGCAGUUUGUUGUUGCUUGAGUAUAGAGUUGACGCUUCAUUUAGAGUGGAUUUCUAUGAUUUUUUUUACUUUCUGUUGCUUGCAUGCCCAACAAUUCGCCCUCCCCAUGAGUGGCGAGAAACCUACCAUUGCGACACAUGCUUCAAGUCGUACAAGAACAAGUCGACUCUCUAUCGGCACAAGAAGCACGAGUGCAACAAGAACCCCUAUCAGUGCUUCUACUGCGGCAAGUUUUACCGGCAGAAGUACGACCUGAAGAUGCACGUCUACAAGAAACACCCGGAUGAUGUGACUGAGUUUGAAAAGUUCUACAAAAACCUGCAUCUGUUCAAAACGCCCGUUUCCAAAGGGGCGGUUAAAGGGCUGAUGAGCGGGCCCCCGCAGGGGGAGGGUUUGUAACUGGUGCUAACAAAGGCUUGUCUAGUCAGUGUGUUUGUGUGCAUAUAGAUGUGUUUUGAGGUCUUGAAGCUGCCGGAAAAGGUGUGUGUGAUACAAGUCCUCAAGUUUCAACCCAAUAAAUAUCCAAAACCCAA